AUGCUACCCAAUGGCCAUUGGAAUGCACUGGUUCCCUCAGAAUUUUACUAAGUUCUUUAACACAAACCAUCUGCCCUGGCUCCAUUGCUUUCAAAUUUUCAAGUGAAGAUGCCCAGAACUUCAGCCAAUGCAAUGGAAUCUCUCUGUGCCUGCCCCGGGCAGAGGUAGCCCACGCUACGCCACUGAAUCCCAUGGUGCUUUGACUGUAGCCUUUCUCUCUCUCUCCAGUGCUCUUUUGCCUAGGAGAGGAUUCUAUGAAACAGCAAAUUUCGACGCACACCUGCUUGGGAACGAGUCUGCGACCAGAGGCCACCGGAAAGCCCAACAUGAGUUCGGUGGGACUUACUACCUAGCAGAAGCAAUGCUUGCUAGUAGACGGCGCGUCCCAUUGAAGGCAGUGGGGCUUGCUCGCGAGUAAACGGGCUGGGAGUCGCAGCCCGAUCCUGCCCGCGCUUCCUCAGCAACGGAUCGCGCGGGGUUCCGCCGGGAGGAUCCCCCCCCCCGUGACGCCGCCCGCUGCUUGAGUUCAGCUCCUUCCGACCUCGCCCCGCCGACCCCUGCCGGGGAGGAGCUGCUCGUGCCUCGCCAGCCCUGCGCAGGGCGCGCGGCUGCGCCCCCUCCGCCGCUUCUUAAGCGCGCCGGCGGGGUCGACCUGCGAGCAGGCGCCAGCGAGCCCGCCCGCCUGCCUGCUCUUCGCCGCCGCCGCCGCCCUCCUCCCUCCCUCCCUCCCUCCCCGGAGCCCAGCCCGGCGGAGGAGCGGGCAAGAAGCGCAGCCUUCGCCCGGCCAGGAUGCGGGGCGCUCCCUGAUCCGCGCCCCGGGAAGGCGGCAAGCCAGGAAGGAGGGCGCCCGGCGCUGCCCCGGGCGAUGGCGCUCUCGGCUCCAGCCCUUUCCCCGCGGGGACCCGCUCGCCUGGCAGAAAGAACCACUGACUAGAAAACAAGGCACUAGAGAAGAUUUGUUCUGUAUUUCUGGACAUCGGUUUUUCAGCUGUCCUAGGAAACUUCUGGUGUCAGCUUACCUGCCUCAUUCUUGGGUGUGGGGAGAGCAUGCAGCUGAAGAAACUAAAAAAGAGGGAAGUGAGCCAGGACAUUUUUGACCCAAAAAUCUGCGAUGUAAUUUUUACUGAAGAUGCCAAGAUGGACUUUGAAUAUAUGAAGAAUUCUGAGUCCUCAGUUUGCAGGUAAUUCUCAAACGGAUUGAUGAAAACAAAACGAUGACAAGUUGUGGUCUACAAUCCUUAAAUACGCUGAUGGUUGUUUUCUCCUUGCUUUUGCCAGCAGCUCUGUCCACACAUUUUCGAGUCUGUGAGCCAUAUACAGACUACAAAGGCCGCUCCCAUUUUGGAUUCCACUGUCCACGUCUUUCUGACAAUAAAUCGUACAUCUUUUGCUGUCACCAUAACAACACCGUGUUUAAAUACUGCUGUAAUGAGACGGAGUUUCAGACUGUUAUGCAGAUGAACCUAACAGGGAAUGCAGAUGGAUAUAUGCACAAUAAUUACAGUGCAUUGUUAGGCGUCUGGAUCUAUGGGUUUUUUGUGGUGGUUUUGCUGGUACUGGACCUUUUGUAUUACUCCUCAAUGAACUACGAUAUUUGCAAACUGUACCUGGCAAGAUGGGGAAUCGAGGGGAAAUGGAUGAAACCGGAAGCAAGCCGGUGGAUUAAACCUGCUCAGGACCCAAGACAAGUACAGGCUCCGACUCAGCCUACGCCUCAAACACUGCAGGCAGCACAAGCAUUAAAAGCAGAUGCUUUAAAUCCGCCACUGAUGUCUUUUCCCAGUUCAACUGCCUGGCUGAAAUCCAGCUUGAUUCAGCAUCUGGGGAAGAGAAAUGGGUCAAAAAUAUUGGCUAAUCUGCACAUACUUGCCAAGCUUAUUUCUGCAAGCUGUUUACAGCUGAAGGACGAUGGCUACAGGAGCCAGCUGCAACGGAGGGGAGGUCUCUUGACAGCCUCUUUAACAGUUAUAAUAGAGGUUUGCUUUCAGCAGCAAGCAACAGGUGUUGAAAUCCCCUCUCCUACACCACCAUUAAAAGUGCCAAAGCCCUGUGUGUCCUCUCUUGCAGCUGGCCACCUUAACUGGCAACACUGGCCUGUCAUUAAGAGCAGGAAGAACUCACAGGUGCUUGAAGACUGCACAAUAAGAUAGGGCUACUGAGACAAGAGUCAUGGGGUUCCCUUUUGCUUUGGAAUACAAUAUUUCUCCUUGUUCAGCUGAUGGCAAACUUGGGAGUUUGGGCUUUCUAAUCCAAAGAAAACAAAGGUCCUAUCAGGGCGGGGCAGCCCAUUUUGCCACCUGUGGUGAAACA